AUGUCGAAUCCUGGGACUCGGAGGAACGGAUCCAGCAUCAAAAUCCGACUGACAGUAUUAUGUGCCAAGAACCUCGCAAAGAAAGACUUCUUUCGUCUACCAGAUCCUUUUGCCAAGGUUGUGGUAGACGGAUCAGGUCAAUGCCACUCAACAGACACAGUCAAGAGCACACUGGACCCCAAAUGGAAUCAGCACUACGACCUCUACAUUGGAAAGGCAGACUCAAUCACUAUCAGUAUAUGGAACCACAAGAAGAUCCAUAAACGGCAGGGGGCAGGCUUCUUGGGGUGCAUUAGACUUCUUUCAAAUGCCAUCAGCAGAUUAAAAGACACAGGCUACCAGCGGCUAGAUCUUUGUAAACUGAACCCCUCAGACAGUGAUGCAGUGCGGGGGCAGAUUGUAGUGAGCCUGCAGACAAGAGACCGCAUAGGUAGUGGAGGGCCUGUGGUGGACUGUCGAGGUCUCUUGGAAAAUGAUGGGCCUGUGUUAGAAGGAUGUUUCAGUGAAGAACCACUGCCUUAUUCUGAUCCCACUGGUGCUGCGGGUGGUGGGAAUUGCCGUCUCGACUCACCUAGUCAAGAAAACCGUCUUCAAUCCCAGCGAAUCAGAGCACAGGAUUCCCGAGGCCAUGGUCACACACCUCAGAACAGACCUCAUGGGAACCAGCCGCCUGACCUACCUGAAGGAUAUGAGCAAAGAACAACAGUACAGGGUCAGGUGUAUUUCCUUCAUACACAGACCGGCGUCAGCACCUGGCAUGACCCUCGGAUACCAAGAGACCUGGCGAGUGUAAGCUGUGAGGAGCUUGGUCCAUUGCCAGUGGGCUGGGAGGUCCGAAGCACAGUGUCGGGACGCAUUUACUUCGUGGACCACAACAACAGAACCACACAGUUCACAGACCCACGUUUACAUACAAUCAUCAGCCAGCAAUCUCAAGUGAAAGAAUCCUCACAGGUCCCUCAAAUGGAUGUGGGGGUUGAAGAAGGUGGAUUUGGAGGAAUAGGCAGUGGUGUCGGGGGAGAUGGAGACGUGGCGGCACGCUAUGAGAGAGAUUUGGUUCACAAAUUGAAGCUGCUGCGCCACGAGCUCUCCCUGCAGCAGCCACAAGCUGGUCACUGUCGUAUCGAGGUGUCUCGUGAGGAGAUUUUUGAGGAGUCAUAUCGGCAGAUUAUGAAGAUGAGGCCCAAAGAUUUGAAGAAGCGUCUCAUGGUUAAAUUUAGAGGAGAAGAGGGCCUGGAUUACGGCGGUGUGGCAAGAGAAUGGCUGUACCUAUUGUGUCAUGAAAUGUUGAACCCUUAUUACGGCCUGUUCCAGUACUCCACAGACAAUAUCUACACGUUACAGAUCAACCCAGACUCCUCCAUUAACCCUGACCACCUAUCAUAUUUCCACUUUGUGGGCCGUGUAAUGGGGCUGGCAGUUUUUCAUGGUCACUACAUCAAUGGGAGCUUCACACUGCCCUUCUACAAACAGCUGCUAGGAAAACCCAUUCAGCUCAAUGACCUGGAGACCACCGACCCCGAGUUGCAUAAGAGUCUUGUCUGGAUAUUAGAGAACGACAUCACUUCUGUCCUCGACCACACAUUCUGCGUGGAGCAUAAUGCCUUUGGGAAGUUCCUCCAACAUGAACUCAAACCUAAUGGCCGUAACAUCCCUGUCACUGAGGAGAACAAGAAGGAAUAUGUGAGGCUUUAUGUGAACUGGAGGUUUAUGCGAGGAAUUGAAGCCCAGUUCUUGGCUCUCCAGAAAGGAUUUAGUGAGCUUAUCCCCCAACAUCUCCUAAAACCUUUUGACCAUAAGGAACUUGAGCUGAUUAUCGGCGGAUUGGGGAAAAUCGACCUGGCUGACUGGAAGACCAACACGCGCCUGAAGCACUGUACAAGUGAGAGCAAUGUGGUGCGGUGGUUCUGGCAGGCGGUGGAGGCUUUCAGCGAGGAGAGGAGAGGACGUCUGCUGCAGUUUGUCACAGGCUCCACCCGCGUCCCGUUACAGGGGUUCAAAGCACUGCAGGGUUCUGCAGGACCAAGACUAUUUACUAUCCAUUUGAUAGACGCCAACACUGACAACCUGCCCAAGGCGCACACGUGUUUCAACAGGAUAGACAUCCCACCCUACGAGUCUUACGAGAAACUUUAUGAGAAACUGCUGACUGCUGUGGAGGAGACAUGUGGCUUCGCUGUGGAGUGA